AUGGACAUUCGCACCCAGCAAACACGGGUGAAGCCGUGCAGUUGCUGGGGUAGAACAAAAAUCGGCAUAUGUAGUAAGUGGGGGAGCCGAGAUAAUAGAACAUUGAAAAUAUCAAAUUUAGAAAUGUCAGUUGUAAGAGAAGAGCAGCGGCCCGUAGCGCAGUACACUGAUUGCGAGCUGAGCGUGUUCGAAUUUGAAUUGUGCUCGUCGUCGCGUUUACCGAGAGAAGCGGCAGCAGCAGCAGCAACCGAGGCAGCAGUAGCGGCGCGAAGGCGACACUUGACAUGUAAAAUGUCUGUCGGACAAACAACUAAAAGACAAGACGAUGAUAAAGACAGCGUCAGCCCACCGCCCCCUGACGGUGGUUGGGGCUGGAUGGUCGUGUUUGGUUCCUUUAUGAUACACGUGAUAGGAUCGAACGGUCGAUUUGCAAGGGUUCAAGAAAUCGAUUAUUUCUACAUCUAA